ACAAACCGCAUUCCAUCAUAAUGUCCACCCACCACAUGGAUGAAGCCGACAUCCUUGGGGACCGCAUCGCCAUCAUCUCACAUGGCCGACUCUGCUGUUGUGGCUCUAGCCUCUUCCUUAAGAACCGCUUCGGCAGUGGCUACUACUUGACCCUUGUCCGCCAGGAUGACCAGGAGCAGAAAGAGGUUGAAGCCAUGGACGUAAUCAAACCUAAACCCAGCAGGCCAUCCACUGCCGGCAGCAUCCGCUCCACCAUUGAUGUUGUGCCAACAUUUGAGAUGGAUGAUGAAGGUUACUCUGAGCGACCAGACAGUGACAAGACCAGCAGUACAAACAGCAGUGACCCACCUACACCACCACCAGAGGGAGCCACUAUGAUGCGAGGUUUCUCAGUACAACGACUUACUGCCUUCAUACAGAAGUAUGUGAGUGGAGCCAGGCUGACCGAGGACAACAACACAGAGCUGUGUUACCAGCUGCCAGAGGAGGCAGCUCACAGUGGAGACUUUGAGGCCUUGUUCUCUCAGUUAGAGAUGUGCCACUUUGACCUCGGCAUCUCCAGCUUUGGAAUCUCUGACACCAGUCUGGAGGAGGUUUUCCUGAAGGUUGCGGAGGAUAGCGGUGUGGACAUCCCCACAGACGAGAUGACUCGCAAGCAGCUUGAACAGGUCUAUGAUGGAGGCAAAUAUCCAAAGCCAGUGUCUCGUCUGAGUUUCCGUAAGAAGAAGUUUGGCAUCUUCCCCAUCAAGCAGCGAGUGAACUGCGUCAACAGCACUACUGACCUGAUGGAGGACAGUGACCUUGAAAUGACAGCCCGCACUCAGAGUAAGAAAAAUGAGACAUCAGAACAAGCUAGUGAUCCAGGUUUCUGUGCCGAGUCAGAGACAAAGCUAUCAGGAUGGACCCUCAAACGACGUCAGUUCUGGGCACUCUUCAUCAAGCGUUUCCACCGUGUUCGCCGUAGCAAGAAGGGCUUUGUGUGUGAGAUCAUCCUGCCGGCAGGGUUUGUGUGUCUGGCCAUGGUGUUUGCCCUUAUCCUGCCCCCCUUCCAGGCGGAACCAGCCCUGGAGCUGCACCCCUGGCUCUAUGUGCCCCAGAAGGGCGACGAUCACCUCUUCAUGUUCUACACUAAUGACGACCCUGGUACAACCCUCGCAGACAAACUGGAAAGCACCCUCCUGUCCAAGCCCUAUUUAGGAACAAGAUGUAUGAACUCGUCGGUCUAUCAAAUCAGUGGGAUGCCAUGUGAGCCAUCAGAUGCAGUGGGAAAAUGGACGGCACGACCGGAGCUGACCGGAAACCUGUCCAUAGACUCUCCAUCCUGUUCCUGUGCCUCUGGAGUCCAGGAGUGUCCACCAGGUGCUGGCGGCCCCACCCCUUCCCAGACCUACCUCCCGACAACAGACUACCUCUACAACAUGACGGGGCGGAACACCAGUGACUGGCUAGUCAAAACCAUGAAGCAGUAUAUCAAGAGAAGAUACGGAGGCUUCAGUUUUGGAGACAAGAACCCUGUAGCUCAGCUGAAUUCUACACAAAUAGUGAACAUCAUUGACCGACUCGGAAGAGCAGCCAAUAACGGUUCUGCUGUUGUCGAUGGUAACGAGACAAUAUGGCAGGACCUGGAUGAUUUAUUCAAGAGAUUUGUCCGACAGGACAUUGCUAAGGUAUGGUUCAACAACAAGGGAUGGGCAGCUGUCGUGGCCUAUAUGAACUCUCUCAACAAUGUCAUCCUGCGCAGUUAUCUCCCCUCCUCUAAGGACCCCAGUAACUUUGGCAUCACCACCAUCAACCAUCCACUCAACUAUACCCAAGAACAACUGAAUGACGAAACAAUCAUGAACAGUGCCAUAGACGUCCUGGUGGCCAUCUGUGUCAUCUUCGCCAUGUCCUUCAUCCCAGCCAGCUUUGUGCUGGUGCUGAUCGAGGAGAGAGUGUCCAACAGCAAGCACCUGCAGUUUGUCAGCGGCAUCAACCCCACCAUCUACUGGGUGGCCAACUUCACCUGGGAUAUGAUGAACUACCUUAUUCCUGCACUGUUGUGUUUUAUAAUAUUCUUGUGCUUCAACAAGGAGGCUUAUGUUGGCCCUGGCCAUGCCCCAUGUCUUGUGGCUCUACUCUUCCUUUAUGGGUUUGCAAUCAUCCCCCUCAUGUACCCGUUUGCCCGGUUGUUCUCCGUACCAAGUUCGGCCUUUGUUGCGUUGUCGUGUGUGAACGUGUUCCUGGGAACUGUAUCAACACUGGCAACCUUCAUCUUGGAGGUGUUUGAACAGGACGAUGAAGGUCUUGCGGAUAUUAACAAGAUACUGAAACAGGCCUUCCUGAUCAUGCCCCACUACUGUCUGGGCCGAGGACUGAUGGACAUGACCGCCUACAAGCUGCAGGCCGAUAUCAUCUCUAGAUUUGGUGAGACAUUGGAGUACAACCUGUUUGACUGGAAAAUAGUUGGCCGCAACUUGUUUGCCAUGUUUGCCCUGGGUAUCGUAUUCUUCAUCUUCAACCUGCUAAUAGAGUACAGGUUCUUCAUCAAACCAAGGAAGGUAAAGGGAGCAACCACUCCACUGACCAACGAGGACAUUGAUGUGGCUCGGGAACGUCAGCGGGUCAUGUCAGGGGGGGCAGACAAUGACACCUUGAAGCUGGAGAACCUCACCAAGACCUACUGGACCCCUGGGAAGAAGGGGCGCCUGACAGCCGUAGACAGACUGUGUGUGGGCGUGCCAAAGGGGCAGUGUUUUGGUCUUCUGGGUGUCAACGGAGCAGGCAAGACAACCACAUUCAAGAUGCUGACAGGAGAUGUGGCCGUCACGAGUGGCUCGGCAGCUGUCAGUGAAAUGAGUAUUCUGAAGGACAUGGUGAAGGUACGGCAGCUGAUGGGAUACUGCCCUCAGUUUGAUGCUCUGGACUCCCUCCUCACCGGUCGAGAACAUCUACAGUUCUACGCUCGAGUCAGAGGCAUACCUGAGAAAAACAUCAAAGAUGUGGCAGAAUGGGCUAUCAGGAAGCUGGGGCUGGUGAAGUAUGCCAAUGUGGUUGCUGGCAGCUACUCUGGUGGAAACAAGAGGAAACUAUCGACAGCCAUCGCCCUUAUCGGAAACCCUCCCAUUAUAUUCCUGGAUGAGCCAACUACUGGCAUGGACCCCAAGGCUCGCCGCUUCCUUUGGAACUGCAUCAACAGCAUCAUCAAGGAUGGCCGCUCCAUCAUUCUAACAUCCCACAGCAUGGAGGAAUGUGAGGCACUGUGUGGCAGAUUGGCCAUCAUGGUCAACGGCAGGUUCAAGUGUAUCGGCAGUACACAGCAUCUCAAGAACAGGUUCGGCAAUGGGUACACAGUGACCCUGAGAGUGACAGGAGGUCAGCCCGACCUGGAGCCUGUGAAGCGUUACAUCAGAGAGCAGUUCCCCGAGUCUGUGCUGAAGGAAAGCCACCACAACAUGUUACAGUACCAACUAGGAACCUCCUCCAUCUCCCUGGCUAGACUCUUCGGCAAGAUUGAGGGUGGCAAGAAGGAAAUGGGCAUCGAGAGCUACUCCGUCAGCCAGACAACACUCGACCAGGUCUUCAUCAACUUUGCCAAGCUGCAAACAGACAUGGACAUGGACAUAGAAGAUGAAGAACUUCCUCCAGAUCUGAGCCAGAGGGCAUAUGAGACAGCCAUGAACCCCAACCAACAGCGCCUGAUGAUCGAGGAUGAACAGAGCGUGACAGAAAGUACCGCUGGCCUCAUCCUCCCCAACAGAGCCCGUGACAACAUUAUGACUGAUGUGUCUGUGGCAUAGAUUUGCAACUGUGAUAUAUGUAGAAUCUGUGAUGUUAGCUCAGGCUGUUUUCAUUGUGAAACAAUUGGUCACCAAAUAUAUUUCCUGGAUAACAUUCCAUAAAUGUUAUUGUCACAACCACAACAUUACUGCACCCUUUAGUUUUCUGGUAACACAAUGGCUUAUCUGAUGGUUCACAUGGUAACACAAUACCACACCCAGUGGUACACAUGGUAACACAAUACCACACCCAGUAGUACACAUGGCAACACAAUAUUACACCCAGUAGUACACAUGGCAACACAAUAUUACACCCAAUGGUACACAUGGUAACACAAUAUUACACCCAGUGGUACACAUGGUAACACAAUAUUACACCCAGUGGUACACAUGGUAACACAAUAUUACACCCAGUGGUACACAUGGUAACAAAAUACCACACCCAGUAGUACACAUUGUAACACUAUACCACACCCAGUAGUACACAUGUAACACAAUACCACACCCAGCAGUACACAUGGUAACACAAUACCACACCAAAUGGUACACAUGGUAACACAAUACCACACCAAAUGGUACACAUGGUAACAGAAUACCACACCCAGCAGUACACAUGGUAACACAAUACCACACCCAGUAGUACACAUGGCAACACAAUACCACACCCAGUAGUACACAUGGCAACACAAUACCACACCCAGUAGUACACAUGGUAACACAAUACCACACCCAGCAGUACACAUGGUAACACAAUACCACACCAAAUGGUACACAUGGUAACAAUACUUUACCUGCUGGUACACAUGGUAAAUACAGUCAAUGAUUGUAUACAUGGUUACACAAAAGAUACUCAAACUUUUCCCCAUAGAUGAAUGAAGUCAGAGGACCUAGUGUCGUUUCAACGUUUCACUUUGGGCCUACUUUGCUGAUCUACCACAUCUCAUGUGAUUGGUAUCACUAGCAUGGUAAGGAUCUGACAUUUAUCAUAGGGAAGGGGGCACCCAGAGAGAUUUUUGUAUUUGUAUUUGUAUGUGUGUGGGUGUGUAUCAUAAACAUCAUCAAUUUGAACAUCACAAAGGGACUGAUCAUAGUAUAUGUAUAAUAUAUGACCAGUUCUUAAUGUCAGAAGAACCAUUUACUUAAAUUGACCCAAGAUAGUCCUCUUACUUGAUUGCCUUAACAGACUGUGAUAUACUCACUCAAUACCAUUUGUGACCCUCAUUCCUGAGGUCUUAACAGAAGCACAUGGCACAUGAACAGCUGGACCUACACAUGUUGAAUUUAAAUCAAGACAUGGGAUGUUGUAUAUAUGCUUUUGUAGAACUUGAGAUCAUUUACCAAUCUCAUCAUAUCCAAAUAUUGUGUCAAGUGUCUUAUAAUGUCGUUCAUAUUUUGAAGGAGUAAUUUACAACUUAUGUAUAUCACAUUAUAUGAAAUAUCCUAUUUUUAUGAUAUUUCAUGUCUAUAUAAUUCUUUGUCUUGUAAAUUCCCUAUGUAGUAUCAAGAUGGUGAUGAUGAUAAUAAUGAUGAUCCAACAGAUGUAUUGUGUGGCAAUACUAACAGUGCUUUCCUGUUGUCAUGGUACUUACUCUAGCUUUUAACUGCCAUUGGAGGUAUUAUAUACAGAGACUAUCCUAAUUGUAAGACGAACAAAAUGCAUUGGUGAUCUUAAUAUACAGAAAUAAUGAUCUUAUUUUUCUCUGAUCUUCUAGAUCAAAAUUUCUAUGAAGGGGAAUGAUGUGAGGUUAUUAUACAGAGCGUGUCUUAUAUUGGUUAAAUCAUCCUUGUUUUUAAGCGUUUGUGCUCGAAGAUAAUAAAAUAUAUAGACAAGGAUUGCAUGUUCUUAUGGUUUAAGUACAUGACAUGUAACAUAAGUCUAUAUGAAGUACAUAAUAUAAAUAGAUCUGUUUAGCAACUUGGAGUAUCAUUUUUGGAUAUUGAGGCGGGGAUACCAGAAAUGGGCUUCACAUUUUCAGCUUGGCAUCCACAAUGGUGCAAGUUGUUGAUGUUCUCAAUUUCUUGUCUCAUUUGAGUUCUCUUCACUGUGCCCAUGAAAAUACAAAUAACCAGUACAUCACUUAUUACUCUGCCCGAAGUUAUGAGUUGACUACGGUAUUUCUCCAUUAUUGAGUGAUGUUUCAACUGGGAGAAAGAGAGGGAGUAUUUUUAUGACUAGUUUUUUGCUUUUUGAUGGGCAUUUUGUGUCACCCUCAGCUCACCUUUACGAAGGUGGCCAUUGAAUGUAUCUGUAUAUGAAAUAGGAGUCUGAUGGGAUACAUGUAUGUAUCAAUGAGGAUGCAAUUUGUCUGUUAUACAAGUGCUUAUAUGUCCGUAAAUUGUAAAAUGGCUAACCAGCAGGUAAGCACCGAACAUGAUUGAAACAUUUAGAACAAAUAUACCUCUCCAAAUAAGUUAAAGACCAACUCAUUCUAAUAUAUUACUACGAUUAAUCUGUCAAUAUCAUGCCAUGACUGAGUUAAUAUAAUAAUAUGAGUGAAUCAAGUUGUCUUCUAAGCUCUUUUUUUUAGUAGUAUAAGAAUGUAUGAUUGAUGGGUUUGGGCAUAUACAGAAAUAAAGUGUGACAAAGAUGUGUCUGAAUGAAAUAUAUCUUUCCCAAGUGUUUUGUUCAUCACACAAAUGAUUUGAAUCCAGUUAUUUACUGUGAAAUCUGGAGUCUGAUUUGAAUUUCUUUAAGAGGCAGAACCAAAUACCGGUGUGGUCUUUUCUGUUCAACAAAUUAAAACUUAGUUUUAUUAAUUUUAAGGUUUUUUUUGCUUUCGUGUUUUGUGUGCGAAUAUAUCAUUAAUAGUGUUUGUGAGUAUCGUUUUAUGUGUUUUAUUUACAUAUUGGGAAAAAAAACCAUAUUUUACUGUUUUGGAUUUGUGUGUAUAUUGAACAUGUCAUAUGCUUUAGUCUUUUUCUCUCUAUUCAUCAGUAAUUCCCCAUUUUAAUAUUUUAGUUUAUAAGUCAUAUAGUUCAUAUAUUGUCUACCUGGUAGCUAGAUCUGUGAUAGGAAAUAAAUGUAUAUAUGCGACAAGACAAUACCAUCUGGAAAUUAAAACACAGGUUGUUUCAGGCAGUUGGUUUAGCCUUCACUUGCAACUCCCUUGCAAUUGGAUUUUAUUGCAACCUUGCAGAAACUAGGCAUUGUUUGAAAGAUCUCUCGCAAACAAUGUCUUGUGGAAUGUUUGUGUCACAAGUGUUACGACAAAUGUUGUAGUUCUGCUGGUCAGAACUACAGCACUGUUCAUUACUGUAACACCAUAUUUUGAAGGUAGUGAUCACGUUUUGAAAAUGCUCUAAAACAGAUUAGGACAGUUGUACUUUACUUCCUUGUCAGUAGUCUCCCUUUGUAAUCUAGCUCCAUUGAGCUCUAGAACAGUCCACACAACCGUUUCUGGGCAUGAUGUAUUGAUCAUGUCACAGAUUAGUUUUUAGGUACCCAACUUUCAUAUUUGUAACAAAGUGUUUCCAAAUACUAGGCCCUUUUUAUCAAAUUUUAUUGUUUAUGGGCAUUUCUUAGAAGUUGACAGUAUAAAAAGUGGACAAAUAUCACUUCUUUGAUAUCCUUUUAUAGUGAUGUUUCAGAACAGGAUCCACUUGCACAAGAUGAUUGUGAGCCUAUGUUAAAGUAUGGGCAUAACGAUCACCUUAGCCUUUAGAUAGCUUUGUGCAAAUGCACCCAGAUCCUUAUAAUGUUUAUUGUCAAGAAAGCCAUCUGUUUUAUCUUAAAGCUGGAUGGCCGAAAAGAAAGCCCCUCACUCGAUAUUAGGAUGACACACAUGUCCAACCGAUCUGUCGAUUCCUCAGAACGGUCUACUGAAGUCAGUGUGUUCAGCUCCAUUAAUGCAGGCAAUUAUUAGUAAAUAUUUUACCUGAUCUCACAGUGAAAGUUGUGACAUCAACCACGUUUAUUCUUUACAUGACAAUAUAUAUAUAAUAAUGUUACUUUAAGUGUACAAUUUGUUAAGAUUCAAUGCAUAAUAAACAGAUUUGAUUUUUUGGCUA